CGUUUCAUCGGAAGAUUUUCAACCGUUUUAUUAACAAUCCAAUUUUACCAUAAAAUAAUCUUGUAAGAAAAGUAGUAUGAUUCCUAUCCAGUAAUUAUCGAUAGAAAUUUUUUUUUUUUAAUUUGGGUAAAUAAGUUAUGAAGAAGUUCUUCGGGUAUGGAAAUAAUAUGUGGACUAUUAAGUAGUUGAUUGGUUAAUAUCACAGUUCGUAAACAUGUUUAAUACAAAUGUAGUCGUGUUGACGCCAUACUAAGGUCGACCGGUAUUUUCUAUAAAACGCGACAAACCAGAAAGUUCUUCAGUAUCCAAUUUGCAAAGUGAGAGUUCGAUCUACGUCUUCAAAAUGAAAGAUCAGCUGAAGUACCUUUCUGGAUUUGAUAACGAAUUUUUUAGUGAAGAUCCACGAUGUCCAAACGCUUUACCAAUAGGUCAGAAUAAUCCCCAGAAGUGUCCUUAUGGUUUGUACGCUGAGCAAUUGUCUGGCUCCGCAUUUACCGCUCCCCGAAGUGAUAAUAGAAGAACUUGGUUUUAUCGUAUUAAACCUUCAGUUUGUCAAGGGCCUUAUGAGAACCUUAAAGAUGAUUUCAAUAAACUCACACAUGAAUGGAAUAACAUCGAUCCUAAUCCGUUACGGUGGAAAGCUUUUGAAUUACCGACUCGACAAGAAUUACCUGUUGACUUCUUUGAGGGACUUCAUACAAUUUGUGGAGCUGGAGAUCCUAGAGUUCGACACGGAGUAGCUAUUCAUGUUUAUUUAUGCAAUGCUUCUAUGAAAGAUUCCGCUUUUUACAAUUCUGAUGGAGAUUUUCUGAUAGUGCCACAAUUAGGAACUUUAAUUAUUACAACAGAAUUCGGGAAAAUGCAAGUGGAACCGAACGAAAUUUGUGUUAUUCAACAAGGAAUGAAAUUUUCAGUAAAUGUUUUAGGACCUUCUCGAGGAUAUAUUUUAGAAGUUUUUGAUAAUCAUUUUCAGUUACCUAAUCUUGGUCCUAUUGGUUCAAAUGGUUUAGCAUCACCAAGAGAUUUCAUGACACCUGUUGCAUGGUUUGAAGAUUGUGACACCAAGUUCACUUUAUAUUGCAAGUAUCAGGGCAAAUCGUUUGCUACCCAUCUCAAUCAUAGUCCGUUUGACGUUGUUGCUUGGCAUGGAAAUUAUGUGCCUUAUAAGUAUGAUUUAAGCCGCUUCAUGGUCAUCAACUCUGUCUCCUUUGAUCACUGUGAUCCUUCCAUUUUCACGGUUUUGACGUGUCCUUCCUUAAAACCAGGAACUGCUAUCGCGGACUUUGUUAUUUUUCCUCCAAGAUGGUCCGUCCAAGAGAAUACAUUCCGUCCUCCUUAUUAUCAUCGAAACUGUAUGAGUGAAUUCAUGGGUCUUAUCAAGGGCCAUUACGAAGCAAAAGAAGAAGGAUUCCAACCUGGUGGAGCUUCAUUGCAUACUAUAAUGACACCUCAUGGUCCGGAUAUGAAAUGUUUCAAGGAUGCCAGUAAAGCUGAGUUAAAACCAGAAAGAGUUGCAGAUGGGACGAUGGCAUUCAUGUUUGAAACUUCCUUAUUUAUGAGCUUAACUGCGUGGGCUACUAAAAACCGUCAUUUGGAUGAAGAUUAUUAUAAAUGCUGGCAAAGCUUGGAAAAAAAUUUUAAAAUUUGAAUUGUACCAUUGAAAUAAAAUAUAUAAACAUUUGUUAAAAUA